CACUUGCCUCGCGCUCGCAGUUCACAGCUGACAGUCUGUUUCGGUCGUCUUCGCGAACUGCUGUCAGUGUGACAAUGUUUUCGUGAUUUUUGGACACACAGUAUUAAUCUUAUCGUUCGCGAAACUGAAAUGCCCUACUGUUAGUGCAUGCCGAUAUGCUAGAAGAAGUUCUGUGUGGAAAAUUGUGCAAGUGUCGCCAGCGUACUGCUGGAGAGUGUUUUUUAGAAAGUGGGUUUGUUGCCGUUUGUCAAUUUCGCAAGCAUUCGAGUUUCGACUUGCCAACAUUAGACUCGAGCUGGGAAGAUCUUUUGAAACCAUCCAGUGCCCUAUGAUCGCUCUGAAAAUUUUCCUCGUGCAAAUCGAUCAUUUUCAAGCAUACUCAUCGGUAUCCGCUCUUUGGAAUCAUAAUGUACGUAGUCAGAUUGUGUAAUCUUCUCGUGUGCGGGUGUGUACUGGGCACGGUGGUGCUUUCAGUCGGUCGUGAAGAACCCUUAUAUUCCAAUGAGUUCGCUGUUCACAUCCCUGAUGGUAACGAGGUGGCGGACGAGAUCGCGGCCAAGCACGGAUUCGUCAAUCGCGGACAGGUCGGCAGCUUGAAGGGUUUCUACUUGUUCGAACACAAGCACGUGCAUAAACGUUCCCUGCAGGCCAACGACUUCUACCACCAGUCGCUGAUAUCCGAGCCCCAGGUGUAUUGGGUCCAGCAACAACAUGAAAAGAAACGAAAAAAGCGGGACUACGUUUUUCGCCCUUCUGUGACCCCAUUUUCUCAAUACUUCAGCGCUGCAGCGCCAGGUGCUUCACUGCCACACGGUCAACCGCGUUAUCGAGCAGCACCCUCAGGCGAUUUUCCGGAUCCGCUCUUCAAAGAACAAUGGUAUCUGAACGGCGGUGCCAAAGAUGGAUUGGACAUGAAUCUGGCGCCAGCCUGGAAGAAAGGAUAUACUGGUAAAGGAGUUGUUGUGUCAAUCUUAGACGACGGCAUCCAAACUAAUCAUCCGGAUCUCGCACAGAACUACGACCCGCUAGCCAGCACCGACAUUAACGGCAACGACGACGAUCCCAUGCCGCAAGAUAAUGGAGAUAAUAAGCACGGUACCCGUUGCGCUGGUGAAGUGGCUGCUGUUGCUUACAACCAAUUUUGCGGAAUAGGCGUCGCCUACAACGCGAGCAUAGGAGGUGUCAGGAUGCUGGACGGCGUGGUGAACGAUGCCGUCGAGGCUAGAGCAUUAGGAUUAAACCCCGAACAUAUUGACAUCUAUAGUGCCUCUUGGGGACCCGAAGACGACGGGAAAACAGUGGAUGGUCCUGGUCCGUUAGCACGGCGUGCUUUCAUUUACGGAGUAACGAGUGGGAGGAAAGGAAAAGGUUCGAUUUUCGUAUGGGCGUCGGGAAAUGGGGGCAGGCAUACGGACUCUUGCAACUGUGACGGAUACACAAACAGCAUUUUUACGCUUAGCAUAUCCAGCGCAACACAAGGAGGCUACAAACCGUGGUACCUCGAAGAAUGCUCUUCCACCCUCGCCACCACCUACAGCUCCGGAACUCCUGGUCACGAUAAAAGUGUCGCUACAGUAGAUAUGGACGCUCGCCUUCGCCCCGACCAUAUCUGUACUGUGGAACACACUGGGACUUCUGCCUCCGCACCUUUGGCAGCGGGAAUAUGUGGCCUGGCUUUAGAAGCCAACCCCAGUCUCACAUGGCGUGAUAUGCAGUAUCUGGUGGUACUAACUUCUCGAUCGCCGCCCCUCGAAAAGGAAAGCGGUUGGAUUACAAACGGCGUAGGUCGUAAAGUUUCACACAAGUUCGGUUACGGUUUAAUGGACGCCGGUGCUCUGGUGAGUUUAUCCGAAAAGUGGACAACAGUACCUCCGCAGCACAUCUGCAAGUCGCAGGAACUCGUGGAAGACAGAAGGAUCGAUGCCGCUUACGGUACGACCUUAGAUUUUCAUAUGGACGUUGACGCUUGCAGUAACUCUUUAAAUGAAGUUCAUUUUUUGGAACACGUACAAUGUAAGAUCUCCUUAAGGUUUUUCCCGAGAGGAAAUUUGCGAAUUUUACUGAUUUCACCAAUGGGUACAACUUCGACGUUACUAUUCGAGCGACCACGAGAUGUCGUUAGCUCGAAUUUCGACGACUGGCCAUUUUUAAGUGUUCACUACUGGGGAGAAAGAGCAGAGGGACGGUGGACCUUACGAAUUAUUAACGCGGGUAAUAGACACGUAAAUCAGCCGGGCGUUCUUAAGAAGUGGCAACUGAUCUUUUAUGGGACUUCCGUUAACCCUAUCCGGGUGCGGCCUGCGGGCAGGCCACCCUCUAGUCCAUGGAAGUCCCCUCUUAAUACGUUUACUUUUCCUACGGUUUCUGAAUCAGUCACUCCCGUCACCGAUAACUUCUUUAAUUCAGAAUCAUUCAAGGGUUUCCGCAAUUUCCCAAACGUGUAUUCGUUUGCGGGUUCGGAAAAUCAAGAGUCCAUUAGUCCAUUAGAUGGGAAAAAGACGAAGAUAAGAGAUAACGAUAAUAAUAUAGAUGAUGAUGAAGAAACAAAGGAGAACUGUGAUGAACAAUGUGAUGAUCAAGGAUGCUUCGGGAGAGGUCCGACUAAAUGUAUAGCCUGCAAGAACAAGAGAAUGGAUAGGACCUGUGUAAGCACUUGUCCACCCAGAAGCUACUCCGAUUCACAGAGUGUCUGCCAACCGUGCCAUGAAGCUUGCGAAACGUGCACCGGGUCAGAUCAAAAGAGUUGUCUUACAUGUUCACCAGGUCAUGUGAGAGUCAUCGAUCUAGAUUUGUGCUUACAACAAUGUCCGGAAGGAUACUUCGAAGAUUACGUGGCAAAAACAUGUACCCCUUGUCAACCCAACUGCGCCGGAUGUCAAGAUCGACCGGAUCAUUGCACAAGCUGUGAUCACCACUUACUCCUCUACCAGAACAAAUGCCUGGCAUCAUGUCUCGAGAACACUUACGAAACUGAAGACUACACGUGUGCACCUUGUCACGAAACGUGCGAGACAUGCAACGGCUCGAAUAGUUCCCAGUGUAUAUCAUGCGGUCAAGGAAGGUUCUGGAACGAAGGCCGAUGCGUCAAGGAAUGCCCAGCUCAUCAUUAUUCCGAUCCUCAUCAACACGAGUGUGUCGAAUGUCCACCGGGAUGUUCGGAAUGCAACAAAACUACAUGUAUUUCAUGUCUAGACGAUUGGCAGGUGAACACUAAGGGAAGGUGCGUGCCGCACGGAAGUGAUCGCUGCGAUACGGACCAAUACUUCGACGGAGGACUCUGCAAACCGUGCCAUUCGACAUGCGAAUCCUGCGAUGGCCCUACCGAACACGCUUGUCUUUCCUGCGCCAGCCCCCUCAUCCUACAAGGCACGCGAUGUGUCGCAGUCUGUGAUAAAAGCUUCUUCCACGACAAAGGGACACGUCUCUGCGAACCUUGCCUCCACACGUGCACGAAAUGUGUUUCGAAAACCAACUGCAGCGAAUGUAUAGCAGGACUACAGCUACAAGGCGGUGAGUGCACUUCCACGUGCGCCUCAGGCUACUACAGCGACAAAGGGAUUUGUUCGAGGUGCUACAUGAGUUGUAAAACAUGUAGCGGCCCAGGACACAAUCAGUGCGUUAGUUGUCCAUUAGGCUGGCAACUUUUGUCAGGAGAAUGUAGACCGGAUUGUCCCGAAGGAUACUACAAAACAGAAUAUGGAUGUCAAAAGUGCCAUUAUUCUUGCCGAAAUUGUAUUGGAUGUAAAGUACAAGAGGAUAAGAGACGGAUAGAUGUGCAAGCGUUGUUGCUGUCUGCUCAACCGGUGAACACAUUGCAGUUGAUCAGUCCAUUCAAUUUCAUCACGGGGUUGGCAAUAAUCGCCGUUCUUUGUAUUGUUAUACUUUUUAUAACAGUUUUUAUAAUUUUACAGAGAAACAGUAUUCAGGCUGCGCAGCGAGGCUACAGCAGGGUAUCAAUAAAGAAGCCUAAAGUAACUUGUAACUACAACGUAGUGGCUGUGAGUGACGGAGAUUCCUCAGAUUCAGACAGUUCAGAGGGCCACAACUUAGUAACACCUAAACCUGAUCGGACUGCUUGUUAAAAAAUCAAAUGAGCGGAACAAAACGAGUGUGUAAAUAUGAUUUAUAUAAUACUGUCUUCAUUGCCUGUGUUGUGUUUUAUACUAAACAAUGACCUCGUUAGGCUUGUUAAAGCUUAACACGUAAUUUAUUGCAGAUUGUAAUGUAUAUAUUGUGAAUCCCUCUAUGAAACGAAAUGAUUACCACUUGUACCAAAAUCCUAAGUGUUAUUUUAUAAGAUGUUUUAAUAUCAUCAAUGAAGACAGCUCAAUGUAAAAAAAGGAUUAAAUUUUAAGAUGCGAAACUUAAGUGCUCUUGAUAUUUCAUGUCGUAAAUAUAGUUAUUUUUAAAUGUACACUUUGUAUAUAAUCAAUAGAUAAUUGUUUCAAUGUUAUUUACGAAAUUUACCAACGAUCCGUUGAUACCAAAUCCACAAAAUUAUUUUUCAUGUUUUUUUUUUUUGUUUUGGCAGGUUUUUUGGUUAAUAAAACAUAUAUUUUUUGA